AUGUCUUUCUCUUUCAAUCUCACGCUCUCUGUGUCUGUCUGUCUCUCUCUCUCAAUGUCUAUUUCUCUCUAUAUAUCUAUCUGUCUCUCUCUCAAACUCUCAAUUUUUCUCUCUCUCUAUAUAUAUAUAUACAUAUAUCUUUCUCUCUCAAUUUCCAUAUCUAUCUAUCUAUCUAUCUAUCUAUCUAUCUAUCUAUCUAUCUAUCUCAAUCUUUCUUUCUUUCUUUCUUUACUUGUUUGUUUCCUUUUUUUCUCCCUGUAUUUUCUUCCUUUUUUCUUUCUUUAUCCAACUUUCAUUUUUUUUUAUUUUUCCUCAACUUUCUGUCUUUUUUACAACUUUAUUUUAUUCCAUACAUUCAUUGCCUCCUUCUUUCUGUCUUUCUUUCUUUCUUUCUUUUUUUCUUUCUUUCUUUCUUUCUUUCUUCCUCCCUUUUUCUUUCUUUCUUUCUUUCUUUCUUUUCUUUCUUUCAAAAUUUCUUUCUUUCUUUCGAAAUUUCUUUCUUUCUUUCUUUCUUUCUUUGUACAAUUCAUUCUUUUUCGCCAUCUUUCUUUCUUUCUUUCUUUCUUUCUUUCUUUCUUUCUUUCUUUGUACAAUUCAUUCUUUUUCUCCAUCUUUCUUUCUUUCUUUCUUUCUUUCUUUCUUUCUUUCUUUCUUUCUUUGUACAAUUUCUUCAUUCUUUUUCUCCAUCUUUUUUCUUUCUUUCUUUCUUUCUUUCUUUCUUUCUUUCUUUCUUUCUUUCUUUGUCACUCCUCCUGCUUGACCCCCAACACCUCACUUGGAGUCUUGUUCCGCCAGUCGUCCUCCCUCCAUCUUGAAUUUCUCUCCUCAUCUUGCACUUACACCUCCUUCUUCCUAUCUUGCUUUCGUUGCUUCACCAGCGCCUUUCUUUCGCUCGCUUCUUUGUUUUUUGAAAGGUUUUAUCUAUCUAUCUAUCUAUCUAUCUAUCUAUCUAUCUAUCUAUCUAUAUAA